AAUUACCUGUCAAGGAACUUUUACAACCUGCGAUUCCUGGCCCUGUUUUUGGCCUUCGCCAUCAACUUCAUCCUCCUCUUCUACAAGGUGUCCGAGCACCCCCCGGGGUUCCUGGAGGAGCCCGAGGGCUCCGGGGGGGUCCCCGAGGAGGCUCCAGGGGGGGCCGAGGCCGAGGGGGGGGACCCCGAGGAGCCCGAGGUUUAUUAUUUCCUGGAGGAGAGCACGGGCUACAUGGGCCCUGCCCUCAGGGGGCUCGCCCUGGCACACACCCUGGUGGCUUUUCUGUGCAUCAUCGGCUACAACUGCCUCAAGAUCCCCCUGGUGAUUUUUAAACGAGAAAAGGAGGUUGCUCGCAGCCUGGAGUUCUCAGGGCUCUACAUCACCGAGCAACCCCCCGAGGACGACGUCAAGGGACAGUGGGACCGGCUCGUGCUCAACGCCCAAUCCUUCCCCAGCAAUUACUGGGACAAGUUCGUCAAGAGGAAGGUGCUGGAGAAGUACGGGGACAUUUACGGGCAGGAGAGAAUCGCGGAGCUGCUGGGGAUGGACCUGGCCAGCCUGGAGAUGGGGGCACAGGGGGCGUAG